UAUUUGAUACUUUUCGAGCGAAUUGAAUUCAGCACCCUACGUCUGCAAUGCUUUUCAAACUUAUUCGUCAAACGUUUGUUGUCAACUCACGAAGAUACUCGACCGCACGAGCUGCAGCGUCUGUCCUUCCUUCCACACGAAUCACCGAGCCACUCGAGAACCGCCUUACACGAUUAACAGAACGACACGAUUCACUAUUGAAUCGACUCAAUGACAAUACGUUAAGCAGCAAAGAUUUGACCGAAGCUUCCAAAGAGCUUGCCAGUCUGUCUGCGAUUCACACCUUGUUUGGCGAUUGGCAAAAGGGCACACACGAUCUCCUCCAAUUACGCGAUCUGUUAGCCAGCCAACAAAAUAAUAGCAAUGCCGAUGCCAAUGAUGAAGAAAUGCUCGAGUUGGCCAAAGAAGAAUAUACAGAGAUCACAGAACGAUUGACAGGCCUGGAGAAGGAAAUGAUCACAGAGCUGGCACCUAAAGAUGCGGCUGAUGAAGCAAGUGCCAUUUUGGAAAUCAGAGCAGGUGCAGGUGGUGACGAGGCUGCAUUGUUCUCGGCAGAAAUGGCACGCAUGUAUGAACGCUUCGCCCAGUUGCAGCGUUGGAAGUGGGAGGUGUUGGCUAAAUCAGAAGAUAUCGGGUUGAAAGGCGUAAAGGAUAUCACAGUGAAUAUAGCAGGACGAAAUGUGUUUGGAUUAUUGAAAUAUGAAUCGGGCGUGCAUCGCGUACAGCGUGUGCCUGCGACAGAAUCACAAGGACGCAUCCAUACAUCAACAAUCACAGUAGCUAUUUUGCCACAACCAACCGAAGUGGAUAUCCAAAUACGAGACUCCGAUCUGCGGGUUGAUGUAUACCGUGCAUCUGGUGCAGGCGGCCAGCAUGUGAACACAACGGAUAGUGCGGUCCGAAUAACGCAUAUACCUUCUGGACUAGUAGUAGCCAUGCAAGAUGAACGGUCCCAGCAUAAGAAUAAAGCCAAGGCACUCAAAGUCUUGAGAGCCAAAAUUUAUGAAAUGGAGCGCGAAAAGACAGAUUCGGCACGACGCAAUUCUCGCAAUAAGCAAAUCGGCAGUGGCGAUCGAUCAGAAAAGAUCCGUACAUACAAUUUUCCUCAGAACCGGGUGACGGACCAUCGCAUCAAUUUGACCCUGUAUGAACUGGAACCCAUUCUUUCUGGUGACGGUCUUUCCAGAGUUAUUGAACCACUUCAAGAACACUACCUUGCAGAAAGCCUUUUAGACAUUGAAUAAAGAAAAAAAGCUGUGGAUUUUCUACUAUUUGUUACUUUCCUAUGUAAAAGCACACCAAAGUAGUGUUCCAUGACCAUCAACGACAACAACAUCAUAUCACAAGAAAAUCGACGGCCUGUGUCACCUUCAUUGAUACAAGCGGCCGACAAGGAAAAUCACGAUAAUUUUGGUUCCCGAGGUGUAGCACUCUUAUUUUCGCUGGUGCUUUUUGUUUUUGAAGCACUCUAUAACAACGACAAUAACAACAGCAGCAAGAACAACGACAACGACGACAACGACGACGACGACGACACGAUUACUACCAGCACCUUUGUUUCUGGUACUCGCAAAAAACAACAACAACAACAGCUGCCAAUCACGA